AUGGUCAAGGCAUAUCAAUCAUCACUACACCUACUCAAGCCGAAACGUUCGCUGCAAUCAUUCGCUCUCAAAAGUCAAACUUCUCACAUGAGUCAAUUACAGUGUCAACACUUUAUGAAGUGCCUACAGAGCGCGAUAGAAGGCUCAAAGCACGUCGCAAUGUGA